CGGCCCCGGCGCACUGCUCCGGGCCCGCCUUCUCGCCUCCCAGGGGUUCCUCCCGGUCUGCAGGCUACGCUGCCGCGCCCAGGUCAUGGCGCCCGAAGAGAGCGCGGGGACCGAACUCCUGCUACAGAGUUUCGAGCGCCGCUUCCUGGCCGCGCGCGCACUGCGUUCUUUUCCCUGGCAGAGCUUAGAAGCAAAAUUAAGAGACUCAUCAGAUUCUGAGCUGCUGCGGGCUAUUUUGCAGAAGACCGUGAAGCAUCCCCUAUGUGUGAAGCACCCGCCAUCAGUCAAGUAUGCCUGGUGCUUUCUCUCAGAGCUCAUCAAAAAGCACGAGGCUGUCCACAUGGAGCCUCUGGACGAGCUGUACGAGGCACUGGCGGAGAUCCUGAUGGCCAAGGAGUCCACCCACGGCCACCGGAGCUAUUUGCUGCCCUCCGGAGGCUCAGUCACGCUCUCCGAGAGCACAGCCAUCAUCUCCCACGGCACCACGGGUCUGGUCACAUGGGACGCCGCCCUCUACCUUGCAGAAUGGGCCAUCGAGAACCCAGCAGCCUUCACUCACAGGACUGUCCUAGAGCUUGGCAGUGGCGCCGGCCUCACAGGCCUGGCCAUCUGCAAGAUGUGCCAUCCCCGGGCUUACAUCUUCAGCGACUGUCACCGCCGGGUCCUCGAGCAGCUCCGAGGGAAUGUCCUUCUCAACGGCCUCUCAUUAGAGGCAGAUGUCACUGCCAACUCAGACAGCCCCAGGGUGACAGUGGCACAGCUGGACUGGGAUGUUGCGACAGUCCCUCAGCUGUCUGCCUUCCAGCCAGAUGUGGUCAUUGCAGCAGAUGUGCUGUAUUGCCCAGAGGCCAUCGUGUCACUGGUCGGGGUCCUACAGAGGCUGGCUGCCUGCUGCGAGCACCAGCGGGCACCUGAGGUCUACGUGGCUUUCACCGUCCGAAACCCAGAGACAUGCCAGCUGUUCACCACUGAGCUAGGCCGGGCUGGGAUCAGAUGGGAAGCAGAACCUCGUCACGACCAGAAACUGUUUCCCUAUGAAGAACACUUGGAGAUGGCAAUUCUGAAACUCACACCGUAGGCCUCACACACGCUUUCCAGCAUGAUUCUGAGAAUCCAGUCGCUAUUGUGGUAAGAAUUUUUACAUGGGGAUAAAACUUUCAUUGGACUGGAAUGUCUGAAGAAUAUUAAAUUCCAAAUCGGGAAUCCCAGAUUGCCUUCUAGUAAGA